CCCAACUAUGUUCAUCUGCUACUCCCAUUCCUUGGCGAAUGCUUGCUAAACAGCGGUUAAAAUGCAAUGUAUAGGCAUUUUCUACCGAACCUGCUCGAUGUUUACGAUAGUAUUUUAGCUUUGGCAGACUUGAAUGACUUGAGUUGUCAUUUUUAUUUAUUUGUAUCGUCAUUUGCGUCCACAUGCUGAAAAACUCCAUUACCCGUCAGCCAUCUGUUAUUGUCUGAGCUCGGGCUAGGCAGCUGUAUAUUAUUCCGCUGCACUGACUUGAGUUGCUGGGUCGCUUGCUGCUGCUGUUGUGGUACAUUCAAGAAAUUGCUCCUACUUGACUGCACACGAGCAACAACUGUACCCGGGCUGUGAGUCGUCUGGGAUGGGUAACUGGAGUCCAUAACUGCGGUCAGCAACUUCACCAUGAUGUCGAUGACUUUUGGCUGGUCAAGCAGCGUGACUCUGCUGUUUGACUUCUGGGAUGUGCACGGGCCUGCAGGGAUGGUACUGUCGGUGUUUGUGGUCCUGCUGCUGACGGUGUUCUACGAGGUGCUCAAAGUGUGGAGGCUGUGGUUGAGCAGCAGCUCUAAGCUGGCCCAGCCUCAGUCUGCGUACACCCCCCCUCCAACCUACCGCAGCGACAGCACCUCAGCGUUGGACAGCAGCCCCUCCGAGUCCUCGCUGACCCCCAUUGAGACCCCCCCUCCCACUGCGAGCACCACAAGCCGCUGGCUGCUGCAUGCUAUCCAGACGGCCCUCCACAUGCUGCAGGUGUCUCUGGGAUACAUGCUGAUGCUGUGCGUCAUGUCCUACAACACCUGGAUCUUCCUCGGGGUCGUCUUGGGCUCCGUCCUCGGGUAUUUUAUCUCCUUCCCCCUCGUGGUUCAGAAAUGAUGGUAUGGUCACUUCAGACAGAGUGUGGAUUUUAUCAUUCGUAUUUGUUCCCUGAGAGGAUCUUAUCCUCUGGAUAUUUAAUGGCAAACUACCUAAUUUGAAUUGUGUUGUUCUGCUUCUUGGUUGUUUUUGUGAAAAUUUGAACACUGGGCGGAGACAAGGGGAGAUCCUGGUAUGCUGAAUGAUGGGACUACUGCUGCGUGAAACUCCUCUGGACAUUGAAAGUAAAAUGUUAUGCACAAACUGAUCUGUGAGCAUCUUUCUGUCCCUCUUUGGUUCGUGCCCUCGAGGCUCUUUAGAGGUCCCUUUUUAACUGGACACACUAAGUAAUAUCAUUUGUCUUUGACCAUCAUUUUGGAGAUGGUUCUUUUGAGUGUUUCUGAGGCACAGUCUUUCUUAUCUUCUCAAACAGCAAACGUCUACGUGGAAAUGAGAGUUGGUUCUUUUGAGUUUGUCUCCCGCAGUGAAGGAAACUGCUUGUUUAAUCUCUGUUCUUAUGCAUCCUAAAAUGCUUUUGUACACUCCACAGCAGAGGAACGACAAACAUUUAAAGAGGGGAAGUCAUGCUUGUGGCAUGUUAUGGUUGUUUCUGGUCUACAGUGCCAGACUUUUUUCUAGGUCCUCUGUAUUUUACCAGAAAAUUUGAGGUGUAACGACACUACAAAAUGAUUACAACAUUCAAUAUUUGAACUGUAGGAGGAGUGGUCUGACUAUGCUGAAAGAGUCUGCUACUGUAGCUUUAAGGUUUAUGUGUUUGACUUAAAAAAGCCACUUUGGUGUGAACUAACCUUUGUGUAUUGAACACUGAGUGAAACCUAAACACACACUUGGAGCUCAGAUUGACGGUCAGAGGACAUUUGACAGGGCUGAAAAUCAGGAACUGAAUCAGGUGAUGGGUGGCUUGUAAACUUCUCUAAUGUGUCAUUUUGGUUCACGUGCCUUUCUCUCACGUGAAAAACAAUCAUGUGGUUGGUGGCAAUCAUUGACAAACCCUAACCUGCAAAAGAAAAGGACCCUGAAGCUGACGUGUGUUUGAGUGUUUAAACUAGAUUUAGACUAAUUACUAUAGAAACACUUGCAGGUGCAGAUGUCGCAAGAACUUAGCCGACAGAAUAAAGUUGAUGAAUUCAUUUUAUUCAUCCAUAUUUUUAUAAGUAUAUACAGUUUAUUGCAAGAAGCGAAAGGCACUAAGCAUACAGCUGCUCACACCACAGACAGGUAUUUGUAAUAAAUAAACAGGAGAAGGUGACAGACAGCAUGCUCCAUUGGAAGGAUUGGUUCUUACCAAUCUCUAAAUGUGCCUUGGAUACAGUGAGCGGUUUAACUACAGGACACUGAAUCACAAAAUGAGAGUUCAAAGUUUUCCGUAAUUACAUUUGGAAAUAAAUUGAUAUGUAAUUGCAAUUUUUUAAAGAUGUUCCUGCAAAGAAAUGUGUUAUUUGGUACUAAUUCUAAUAAAAAUUAAGACAGAAAAUGA